AUUUGAGCGGGAAAAGACAGCGCCCGGCUGGUGUGGCGAGCGCGGAACGCCCGGCUGUGGCGGCUGAGGCGGCCUGCCGCUCGGCAUGGCACUCCUGGAGCUGUGCGAGGAAGUGUUCGGGACCGCUGACCUCUACCAGGUGCUGGGCGUGCGGCGCGAGGCCUCGGACGGCGAGGUCCGACGCGGCUACCACAAGGUGUCCCUGCAGGUGCACCCGGACCGGGUGGGCGAGGGCGACAAGGAGGACGCCACCCGCCGCUUUCAGAUCCUGGGGCGAGUCUACUCCGUUCUGAGUGACAAAGAGCAGAGAGCGGUGUACGAUGAGCAGGGCACAGUGGACGAGGACGCGACUGGGCUCAACCAAGACCGGGACUGGGAGGCCUAUUGGAGGUUACUCUUCAAAAAGAUAUCUCUAGAGGACAUUCAAGCUUUUGAAAAGACAUACAAAGGUUCUGAAGAAGAGCUGGCCGAUAUCAAACAGGCCUAUCUGGACUUCAAGGGCGAUAUGGAUCAGAUCAUGGAGUCUGUGCUUUGUGUACAGUACACGGAUGAACCCAGGAUAAGGAACAUCAUUCAGCAAGCUAUUGAUGCCAGAGAGGUUCCAUCCUACAAGGCCUUUGUCAAAGAGUCGAAGCAAAAGAUGAACGCAAGGAAAAGACGGGCUCAGGAAGAAGCUAAAGAAGCAGAAGUGAGCAGGAAGGAAUUGGGGCUUGAUGAAGGAGUGGAUAACUUGAAAGCACUCAUUCAGAUAGUGAGAAAGUUCUUCCUUCCGUUGGUUCACCCCCCAAAUGGCUGCUACGGCCAGAGCUACGCUGAUCCGAAGCCAGGAGCCAAAUGCUUCUUCCUGGUCUCCCAUGCAGGUGCAGGCACCCAAGCACCUGGGUCAUCCUCUACUGCCUUCCCGGGCCAUAGCAGAGAGCUGGACUGGAAGAGAAGCAGCCGGGACUAGAACCUGGUGCCCAUAUGGGAUGCCAGUGCCACAGGCAGAGGAUUAGCCAAGUGAGCCACGGCGCCGGCCCCAUGAAAUGGACUAUUAAUACCUGCAACUACCUUCAUGGAUCUCAGGGGCAUCAUACUUAGUUAAAAAAAAAAAAAAAGGCAAAGGCAAUUGCAAAAUGUUACAUACUAUAUGCAGGGUCUUCAAAAAGUUCAUGGAAAAUACACAUUAUAAAAAAAAUUAUGCACGGAUUUCAGAAUUUUUUUGUACCAAGAUAAACUUAUUUUUAUAAAAACAUUCAUUUGAAAGGGAGAGAGACAGACAGAGCUAGCUCCCACCUGCUAGUUCACCCUCCAAAUGCAUGUAACUGCAGGAGCGGGGCUGGAGUCAGGAGCUGAGAACCAGGAACACAAUCCAGGUCUCCCAUGUGAGUAGCAGAGACACAAUGACCUGAGCCAUCAUUGCUGUUUCCCAGGUCUACAUUAGCAGGAAGAUGGAGUGAGGAGCCAGGGUUGGAUAUCAAAUUUAGGCACUCCGGUAUGGUAUAGUCUCUUAACUGGCAUCUUAACUGGUAGGCCAAAUGCCUGGCCCCAUUUAUCUCUUAAAUCCAUUUGUCCAUGAAGUUUUUGAAGUACCCUCAUAUGAUCCAUUUAUAUAAUGUUCACAAAUGACAAAACUAUAGAUAGGGAGAACACAUUAGUGGUUGCUAGGGUAGAGAUAGGAGUGAAUUUGGUUGUAAAAGGGUACUCAAGGAAGUUCCUUUGUGGUGAUGAAAUGGCUGUAUCUUGAUUGCAGUGGUGGUUAUACCAUCUAUAAAUGGACUAUGUAUACACAUACAGAUAGACAGGAAUGGAUGUACAAACUGAAUAAUGUCUAUAGUCAGCUGUAUUAGACCAGUAUCAGUCUCUUAGUUUUGAAAUUAUACUAGUUACCUAAGAUGUCAUUGGGGAGAACCUGGGUGAAGGGUUCAUGGUACUCUAUGUACUAUUUUUUUACUUACUUCAAAGUAAGAAGGCAACAUUUUUUUUAAUGUGUUUUUCCUUAUUUUCAUGUGACCAACCUGAAAAUGUAAUCUGUAUGUGGCUAACAUAUUUCCAUGCUACGCUGUGGCUCUAAAGAGUUCAACAUGAAGUGGGCUUUUGCAUAGUAGUUAAGAUGCUGCUUAGGAUGCCUGCAUCCCAUAUCACAGUCCCUGGGUUCAAGUUCCAACUUUGCUUUCAACUCAGCUUUCUGUUAAUUUGCACCCUUGGAGGCAGCUGGUGAUAGCUCAAGUAGUUGAGUCCCUGCCACCCAUGUGGAGACCUGAAUUGAGUUCCUGGCUCCUGACUUAGACCUAGUACAGCCCUGUCUAUUGUGGGCUUUGGGGAGUGAGCCAGCAGAUGGAAGAGCUCUGUCUCUCUGCCUUUCAAGUAAAUAAAUAAUUUUUCAAAAGAGUCCAAUGUGUACACUGGAAUAAGCUAGGGAAUCAAUUAUUAUAUACUCUGGUCUUAAUGAACUAUGGAUUUUCGUUCCUCCAGAUUUCUGUAGUUGAAUAAAUAUAGGCAUCAUGAUAGAUAAAUAAAGUUAUACACUUUUCUUUAUAGGAGAUCUCCCCAGGGUCUUUAAUAUGUGAACACAUAUUAUAAAUCUCUAAUAUUCUUAUAUCAUAGGAAAGGAAACUGAAGUACAAAGAGAUUAUGUAACCUGCUUAUGAGCCUAAGGUUAAUAAGUGAUGGAAUCAGGAUUCAAAUACAAGUAGUUUGGCUUCAAGGCUUCUCAACGGAAAUGAACAGUUUGAGAUUCUAGCAAAGUAUACCAUUUUUGAUAUGUAAAAUUAAAGGCUCAGGCAUUGAAGUUUAUGAUUAUUUCUCUGAUGGUAGAAAUGGAUUUGUGGAGAGCCAUCUCAUCCAAUGAUCUUACAGCUAACACACUGUCUUUGAAAAAGUGAUUGGAAUAGAAAUACAGAUUUCAGCUAUAAGAGAGAUUGAAGACAUGUUUUAGUCUGUCAGGGAAAUCUGAAUAUGAAGUGACAAUCAGAUAACAAGGAAAUACCAUUAAAUUUGAUGAUAACAUUGCUAUUACAUAAGAAAAUGUCACUAAUUUUUGGAGAGGCAUGCUGAUUAUAUAGAGGUAAAAUGAUAAUCUCUGAGAUUUCAUCUG